UCUUGGUACUUCUUUUAUGCCACUUCUUACUUGGUGAUUUGCGUCUAUUUGAUUUUCAAGCGAAAAUCAUUCAAAGAAUUCAUCAACUAUUUCGACAGAGAGAUUGGUGCUUAUCUGCCAAACGAUUCCAUUCGUAAAUUUAUUGCUAAGAAUCGCACACUCGUUACAAUCGGUUAUCCAUUCAUAUUCACUCUUUAUUCUAUUAAAGGAACUUUCGAUGUUAUCGAAAUUGAUCAGCGCUCACAAUCAAAUUAUCAACUUGCGGUAAAAAUAUGCUUGAAUCUUUAUCGAUCAAUAAUCUACCUGAACCGCUACGCAAUCAUUCAAUUCAUAAUCGAAUGCUGUCUGCAUGUUCAAGUCUGCUUCAAAAUGGUAGAAGAUCAAAUUGAAUCUUUAAAAAUGUCCGAUUCCUCAUUGAACUUUGAAGAGAUACAACAGAUUCGCCAAUUAUACGAUAAGGCUAUUGGGAAGACGAGAAAACUCGACUCAUUGUUAUUCUGCGUUUUACCUGUUUACUAUCUUACUUGCAUUGGAUCAUUUCAGUUGAAUUUGGUACUUGUUAUCUAUGAAUUUAACCACCUUUAUCUCAUGUUGAUGGUUCGAGAAGUAUUUUCAUUGAUCCUUCUUACCUUUCACAUCGCUAACAUAAACCGACUUGCAAAUGAAGCCUUUAACCAGGUUUAUUCACUCUCAUAUAAAGUAGAGUCUAUUGAGAUGCAAAAUGAGAUGCGAUUCUUCUUCACUCGAAUCAAAAGGGGCGAUGUUGGUUUAACCAUUCUAAAGAUCGUUCUCCUAACACCUACUUUUGUCACUUCAUUUGGCACUUUAUUACUGACCAUUGCUUUGGCAAUUCCAACCAUUCUCAAAAAAAAUUGAACGUAAAGCUUGAAACACGACGUAGCACAAAUUAUUAAUUCUUGGAAAAGUAAUCCAAAAUGCUGGAAAUUCUCACCAUUUGUAAAAAAUGAUCUUAAACUUUCAUUGUAAUACAUCAAUUAUAAUAGUAAUUUGCACGAAAUUAUAUGGCUGCUAUAAGCAUUCCCUUAUGAUAUGAAAUUAA